AACCCAUCUUGAGCAACAGUAGUAGAGAUACCGGAGACCCAGCGACCGGGGAAAUCGUAGGGUUUCUGCUGAAUUUAAUAAGGAUACCCGGUUAUAUCUGAUUUCAGGCAGCGACGGUGGGAUAUACCAACAUGGUGGUGGUAGCAGCAGGGACUGGAGGAGCCCACAAAGUGCUCCUGAUAUCUGGGAAACAGAACGGCUCGCCUAGUGGCUCACAGGCAGGCUUCAGCCGGCCCAUCUCUGUCGUUUUGCCGUCAGCCGCUGGUCAGGCGUCGUCGGAUUCAGACUCCAACUCCUCUGUGGGGCCACCAGUACGAAAAAGACAGAGGCUCACACAUUUGAGUCCGGAAGAGAAAGCACUUCGCAGGAAACUCAAGAACAGAGUUGCUGCCCAGACUGCUAGAGACAGGAAAAAGGCCAAAAUGGGAGAGCUGGAACAGCAAGUCCUAGAGUUGGAGCUGGAGAAUCAGAAACUUCACAUCGAAAACAGGCUGCUUCGGGAAAAGACAAGUGGCUUGUUGACAGAAAAUGAGGAACUGAGACAGAGACUUUGCUUGGACACUCUUGAGUCAAAAGAGAAGGUUCAGUGUCUGGUGUCCAGUGGGAACGAAGCAGGUUUGGGGAUCGGGUCUUCUGAGUCCGCAGCACUCAGGCUACGUGUGUCCGCAGCAGGUGCAGGCCCAGCAGUCCCUAAAUCUGAAGACUUCUCAAUGGAUACAGAUAGUCCUGGCUCUACAGACAAUGAGUCUGAUUUGCUACUGGGCAUUCUGGACAUCCUUGACCCAGAGCUGUUCCUCAGAUCUUGUGAACAGGAGUGCCAGGAGCCGCAGGUGCAGUUGGUCGGAGGGGGGAACGCAGUACCUGCCACCGCACCUGCGACUCUGGGGUCCCCAUCAGUUAAGCUGGAGGCCCUUAAUGAACUGAUCCACUUUGACCACAUCUACACCAAGCCCGUGGAGGAGGUGAGCAGUGGGCAGUGCAGCAACUUGGAGAGCAAUGCAGAGGAGAAGAUUGAUGACGCUACCUUUCCCAUUACCGAGGUGGUGGUCGAGGAGGAGACGGUCUGUGUCAAAGAUGAGCCAGAGGAAGUGGUCAUCCCCAACUGUAACAGUCACAGUCAACUGGAUGACUUUUUCUCUGGAGCCUCCUCACCCGCCCUCAGUAGCCUGGAUAAGGAAGCCUGCCUGGCAGACACCUACAGCGACUCCGGAUACGAAGGGUCCCCUUCCCCUUUCAGCGACAUGUCCUCACCCCUGUGCUCCAAGAGCUCCUGGGACGACAUGUUUGCUAAUGAACUCUUCCCCCAGCUUAUCAGUGUCUGAAUCCAACCCCUAACCCAAUAAGAUAUAAUAUAUACAUGUAAGAGCUAAUGCGUAGUGUUCAGUAAUGACAAAUAAGCACAUAAUGCUUCAUAGUAACAUAGAACACCACUGAACCCGCUCGUAUAUAGGUUAAAGUUAAGCACAUAAUCUCCUUUUAUUACAGCAGGUCUGUACCACUGGCGAUGCUACAUUGACUUGUGGGAGAUGGAGUUCAUGACAGCUUAUUUUGGCAUCAUUUAAUUACUACAGAGAAUUUAAGAUUGAUUACAAAUCUUUCACUCGCCGUUCAAGAUGUAAUGUGGGUGGACUUCAGUAUUUCUGUAAAUUUGUAAGGAAGAUGGGGGCUGAUCAUUUAAAUAUUUUAUUUAUUUGUCUAUUCUGCUUCGGAGUCUCUGUAUGUCUGUGUAAAAAUGCUUUCUUCUAAUUUGUUGACCGCUCUCCAUGUAGUCUAAUUACUGCAUUAAAAAAUUUUUGCAUUGCA